CGUGACAGGCAUUUGCAGAGCUGACUUCUGCAGCCUGCAAGAUUUUGCUUGCUCAGUAUUUCAUUCAUAAGAAGACAAGACACACAUCGCACAUCUUGCAACUGAGCACAGCCUGAAGAAACUUCUUUCAAUUCGCUUUUAUCUUGCUGCUGGUUAUGUCCUUACUGAAUGGUAAUUGGAACUCAUAUAUUGUGAGUUGCUUGCCUGGCUUUAUUCUUCUGAAAAAGAGGGAACGCUGAUUUGAUGACAGAAAAGUGCAGCAGUCACACCGCAUCCUUCUUCAGCUGGGAAGUGCAGUAGAUGUUUCGGACCAUGGACAUCUCCAUUAGUUAAAGAAUGCUGGAGUCGACCUGUAUAGGCUGUAGUAAAGUGAAUAUCAAAAAGAUUACUACCUGAGACAUUGGCAUUUUGGCAUUGAGUGAAAGCCAUGUGUCAAAGAUUGAUGUGGGAAAAUAAUGAAUUAAAGGCACUCUAUCUGAAUGUGGACAGCACGCUCAACAUGUUAGAUGAAUUGACAGCCCAGACAUUAGUGAACAGGUACGGAUGAAGAAAUGAGGCACUUUUCCUACUGUAAGUUCACAACAAUAUGCUAAGACGAAGAAACCUUCUCACUGCAAUUCUGAUUGCUUUACCCUGGACCAUAUUGCUGACCAUCUGGCACCAGAACUCAGGGGUUUUCUACCUUGCCAUUCAGAAAAAGGAGCCUGAUAAUGGAACUAAAAGAAUACUCGCCAACAGCUCUCAAAGCAAAGAGGAACAAAGUGUCUGUGUGCACCAGGAAACAAAACUUACUCAGCAGGUCAUCAAACUGGAAUACAUAUAUAGCAGACCCCCACAGUGGUCCCAGUCCUUACCAACCAUCUACGUCAUAACACCAACCUAUACUAGACCGGUUCAGAAAGCAGAGCUGACCAGACUAGCUAACACUUUCCUCCAUGUGCAGAACUUACACUGGAUUGUUGUAGAGGACACCCCUUGGAGGACCAGUUUAGUAGCACUGCUGCUGGAAAAGAGUGGAUUGAACUUCACACACCUGAACAUACAAAGCCCAAAAAGUGUGAAGAUGGGCCUCAGUAAAUCAUCUCGCACUCCAAGGGGCACUUUGCAAAGAAAUUUGGGUCUGCACUGGUUGAGAGACAAAUUGAAUCCUAAUGAAUCAUCAGAGGGCGUGGUUUAUUUUGCUGAUGAUGACAACACUUACAGUUUGGAACUCUUUGAGGAGAUGCGAUUCACAAAAAAGGUUUCGGUGUGGCCUGUAGCUUUUGUUGGUGGACUGCUCUACGAGUCUCCCAAAGUGAACACCGCAGGAAAAGUCGUCGGUUGGAAAACUGUUUUUGAUCCAAAUAGACCAUUUGCUAUCGAUAUGGCAGGGUUUGCAAUCAACGUUAAGUUGAUACUCAAAAAACCUUCAGCCAAAUUUCAGCUCUACGGAGUAAAGGGAGGAUACCAGGAAUCCAGCUUGUUGCGGGAACUCGUAACUUUAAAAGAGCUGGAACCUAAAGCUUCAAAUUGCACUAAAAUCCUUGUGUGGCACACACGGACCGAAAAGCCAGUGCUAAUAAACGAAGGAAAAAACGGGUUCACUGAUCGAAGAGUGGAGGUGUGAACUGCGCUGAGAUGGGAGGCAUUUUCUGUAUCUUGUGAAGAUUCCCUUCCAAUUUUAUGAAACCGUCUUGAAGUCUCAAGCCAUGCUAAUAGUCUCUCGGAUUUUUUUAUGUUAACAUGACCUAUUAAGUGACUCUGCAUUUUGUUUUAAAUUAUUAGAUGCAGUGUGUAGAUAAUUAUGUUCAGCCUUCUCCGUGGUUCACAUUUUCCUCAAAAUUGAACAUAGGGCACCGGUUUAACAAGUUUUCCCAAGGAUUAAACACUGGUGAUACUCAGCGAGUGGGGACA